AUGCACGGCUUUGGCAUCCUCGACGAUUCGUCCUCUGCCCGUUACGAAGGAGAGUGGCGCAAUGGCCUGAUGGAGGGGGUCGGGGCUCUAUCUCUUCCUAGCGGUGGCCGCUACACGGGGGAGUUUGCACGCAGCGAGUUUCAUGGGUCAGGGCGCUACAUGUGGGCAGAUGGCUCGUAUUAUGAAGGGGAGUGGUGCCGCAACCAGAUGCAUGGGCUUGGCGUCUAUGUGGACUGUACGGGCAAGCGAUGGCACGGAAGUUUCACCAACGGUAACGCAGCGCAGCUUGUCGCAAAAGUGGAGCUGUGA